GACUUGCAAACUUGUCCAUCUAUUAUGCAUGUCAGUAUACCUUUAGUGCGUUCUUGAGCUCAUUUCCAGGUACACACAACCGAGAGGUAGCCUGCAGGAAGACGCUGUGUACUGAAGGAAAAGCUCGUGGCACUCUGAGGGGAGUCAACAAUGGAGCUGAUUGGAUCCACCCUGACAGCCACAUAUGCUCGGCCAAAAACCAGCCACUUCCUCCCUGCCAUCUCCACCAUGGCAUCCAGCUAUCGCAACACCCAGCCUGCCUUGGCCAUGAAUCCCAGUGCCAACCUGUGGAGGACCAACAGCUAUUUCAAGAGCAGCAGCACGGUCCCAACCCCUUCUUCCUUACCGCGAGAGAAUUUAGACCUGGUUCGAGCCAAGACAAUGUUCUACCCAUCCAACAGGACGGCGCUGACCACCCGCUACACCCCAGACGAUUGGUACAAGUCCAACCAAAACAACUACAGGGAGUCGGAGUCGUCCCGGAAAAGCGCAGAGAGACUGAGAAGAGACACCAUGAGGCUGAUGCAGGAUAGAGAGCAGAUGACCAGGAGAACUCAGGAGAGCACCAGCAAGAACAUCGGUGAGCGGCUCAACGACAUUGUCUUCUGGAGGUCUGAGCUGACCCAUGAGACUGACAACAUGGUGACUGAGAUAGCAGCUCUCACUGAGGUCAAGAGGAGGCUGGAGAGAGCCUUGGCAGAGACCGAGGGGCCCCUUCAGGUGUCUCAAGAGUGUUUGUACCACAGAGAGAAGCGGAUGUCCAUCGAUCUGGUACAUGACGACGUAGAGAAAGACCUCAUAAAGGAAGUGGAAGUCAUCAAGUCAUGUCAAGAAAGGAUGAGGCGAUAUCUGGACCGAGCCAUCGCACAGCUGGCGUCAAACAGAGCAGCCCAGCAUGAACUGGAAAGAGACAUGAGUGACAAAGUGACAGCCCAGAGGAUCGAUGACAGGUGUCACCAUCUGAGGAAUACAUCAGAUGGUAUUGGCUAUUACAGAGGGAUCGAAAGACUAGACCCUUCACUCUCUCUGCCAGAUUCGUGGUCCAAGUUCACGGAUGACAACAUCUUGCACUCCCAGAGCGAACGGACUUCCUCCCACAAGCUCAGGGAUGAGAUAGAAAUCUUGCUGAACACCACAUCUAAUGAAAUGUGGAACCAGUUCAACAAUGUCAACGUGGCCUUCACCAACCGUGUAUCAGAGACCGCUGAUGCCAAGAACAGCCUGCAAACACACCUGGCUAAGACUCUGCAGGAGAUCUUCCAGACUGAGAUGCUGAUUGAGUCUCUGAAGAAGGCUCUAAGAGACAAAGAGUGCCCACUGAAAGUGGCUCAAACCAGGCUGGAGGAGAGGACCCGCAGGCCAAACAUAGAGCUCUGCAGGGACAACCCACACCAUAGACUUGUGAGUGAGGUGAGAGAGAUCGAGGACACCAUUCAUAAGCUUCAGGAGAGACUGAUGGAGGCUGAGAACACUUUACAGAAUCUGGUUAAGACCAAAGUGACCCUGGAACACGACCUGUCCAUCAAGGCCAACUCACUCUUCCUGGACCAGGAGAAGUGCAUGAGUAUGCGCAAGUGUUUUCCCAGCAUGCCCCGUCUGGUGGGCUACACCUAAGUCAAGUAUUAGAAAGGGGAACCUUUACGACCAAUUUAAUCAACAAUGACUUUUUAAAAUUGUUUUGGAGUGAUUUAGAGGGUGGGUUUGAUUGUAAACAAAAUGAGUUAACUUUAUAGGCUGAUUGUCCUUAUUUUGAGUAUUGUACCUGUAAUGUUUUUACAACACAUUGUGAUGUCGUUAAAAAAUCAACUGCCAUGGUGAUUGAUCAGGCACAACUCAAUGUCUCCUAAUCCUUUAAUUUUGCCUCCAAUUACAAACAUUUUAUCCUCGAAAAAAUGCAGGAAGCGUUGAAAAUUAUAUAACAAAACUCUUGUAAAACAUCAAACAUAAUCACUGAUAUGUACUGCACAUACAACCCGCACACCUAUUUCAAAUUUCUGAAGAAGUGGUACCUCAACAGUCGUGGUCAUAACUGUGAAUAAAAAGUGACUUAAUA